UGCAGCUCUGCCUCGCGUCUCUUCUUUUCCUUUUCCCUCAGAGUGUUUUUUCUUGAUAUUCAUUCUACCCAAGCAGCAGUAGAGGACAGAAAGAAGGGAGGGGAACAGACAGAGUCUCCUUGUUUCGAUACUGCAUUGCCCUGUCUGUCUUUUCUUUUUUCAAACCUUGCUUUCUGGAGAACAACUGGGCAGAGGAGAGCUCUUCUCUUCAGUGCUUCACAUCCCUGCUCAUUGCCGGGACAGGGUGCAGGGGAGGAGAAAAGAGGGAGGGACUGCAAGCAGGACUUCAGAUUCUUGCUCUUAGCUGCACAGCUCAGUGUCUCACCUUCUUCUGGAGGCAAAUUAGUCCAACCUGUCUCUGGUGGACAGGAAGACAGUUUGUCAAGGACAUACCCUGUGGGCUUACAGAGGAAUAGAAGGACAGGUGGUGUUGGUGUCAUGGCGUCAGUGGACAGCACCGGUUCGAGUGUCUCUGGUCGGCUGAGAUCAGGGGAUUUGAUCCAUGCUGGUCUGGCAGCUGUGCUGCUGCUCGGUGCAUGGAGUGUUGGUGGAUUAGAAGUUUCCACGGGUAAAGUUUCCUCAAUUGAAGCAAUGAAUGGCUCCACAGUUCUGCUGCCCUGCACUUACCAAUCUUGCAUUGGCAUUAAAAACCUGUACUUCAACUGGAAGUAUAAUGACAAUGGGACUUUAUUAAAGCUGUGUGAAGCAGAGAUUCCUAUGGAGAGAGUGGAGCCAAAAGUCCACAUUUACCAUGAACGUGUAGAGUUUGUUGGCUCCUCUAAGACAAACAACAUCUCCAUCUUGUUGUGGAACAUAACGUUUGAGGAUGAAGGGGACUACAUCUGUUUUGCCAGAAACCCAAAAGAGAAGAACCGCAACCACAGCGCUGUCUUCACACUUAGGGUGGUCGAUCAAAUGAAGGAGGUUGACAAUACAUUGACGGUCAUUAUUGUGUCAGUUGUGGGAGGAGUCAUUGGAUUGGUUAUCAUCAUUAUGGUGAUAAAGGCAGUGGUUCUUCAUUUUCUACGCAAGGGUAAUGAGAAGACUAAAGAGUGCCUGGUGAGCUCCUCAGGGAACGACAAUACAGAAAAUGGACUUUCAGGAGCCAAAGCUGACAACAAAGGGACACCAAAGGCAUAAGUGAAAUACAAAGAUUGUAUGUUUGUAAAUAUGUUACAGAGUUAUACACGCUCAAAGAACAAGCUCUUAUCAGUGGACUGUUUUAUCUUAUUAGAGUCUAAAUAAUGCAACUUCUAAAUAUCUAUUUUAAAUCAUGCUUAAGAUUUGGGAGGUGUGGACUGUGCAGGAAUCUGGAUCACUCUGUAUCUAAUGCCAAAGCCCAUUAGUCACACAGUGUGCAGCCUGUUCUACGACUCUCAUCUGUACCUAACUAAACCCCAAAUUGCUGAAGUUUCAGUUAGUCUGUUAUUGAAUAAUUACCUUCCCAAAGUUUUUUUUUUUAAUGCAUUGCGGCUUGAGUUAAUGCUUUUCAUAAAUGCCAUCACUAUCAUUUAUGUGAAUCAUUUUAAACCACAGAUGCACAUCAAAACUUGUUAUCUUUAAGUUGUUUUUAUUAUUCAAAUACAUGUUUGGCUCUACUGUAUGUCUGUCAAUUGAUAUUAUUACUGUAUUUUAGCUUUUGUCAAAAUUAGGACCCAGACAAAAUUCCUACACAAAUUAUUUUAUGAAAAAGCAUAGACCUGCAGAGGUUUAAUCGAUUAAUCUGUACAAAAAAUUAUUAAGCAAGAUUAGAAAGAAAUCAAAUCAUGAUCAGUUAUUCCAAGUAAAUAAAGUAACUGACAUAACUAUUAUAUUAGCAAAAAAUACGUGAUGCUUUGCAAAUUAGCUUGCAUGUGAGUAAUUAGAAAACCAUAUAUUUUUCCUUAAAGUGGCUUUGGAUUAAACCUCUGUGAUUUCAGUUUUAGUUUUUAUGUUUACAGUCCAGUUCAAGCAAGGUAGACAUUUUUUGGUUAACUGAUGCCAACACAAAGAUUGUGACGGUACACCUGGCUAACCACUGUGAACAGCAUUUUCUGUGCAACAGACUGAUCCAGUUCAACACAGCCACAGGUUUCACAGUCUUGCUUUUGUUAAACACUGGUGCCUGUUCUGCUUCGGCUCCCUCUGCUGACGGGAGGAUAAAACUC